AUGCGAACUCGAUCGAGUCGGUCUACAGAGGACUUGGUCGAGCUAGACACAACGGGUAGAAAGAGGGUUCAGAGGUCACAGAGGGUACAAGAGGAACCUGAGGUGCUUGUUGCUGAUACAAUGGACGUACCAGAGGGGAAUGGAAACCCUUUGGGCAAUGGACUCGGUCGAGCUAGGCAAACUCGACCGAUUGGUCAAGGAGAUGCUCCAAACCGCCACCAACAGAGACAAGGGAUUGUUCCACCACCAGUGCAGAACCACAACUUUGAGAUCAAGCUGGGAAUGAUCAACCUUGUCCAGAACAAGAUGUUCCAUGGAUUGCCAAGUGAAGACCCCAUUGACCACCUUGAUGAGUUUGAUAGGCUUUGUGAUUUGACAAAGAUCAAUGGUGUCUCUGAAGAUGCCAUCAAGCUGAGACUCUUUCCUAUGUCUCUAGCUGACAAAGCUCACCAAUGGGAGAAGAGCUUGCCCCAUGGCACAAUCACCACUUGGGAUGAAUGCAAGAAGGCCUUUCUUGCUAAGUUUUUCUCCACCGGUCGCACAGCCAAGCUUAGAGGAGAGAUAUCCAGCUUCAUCCAGCGAAACAAUGAGACAUUCGCAGAGGCUUGGGAGAGGUUCAAAGGGCUACACAAGUCAGUGCCCACACCAUGGAUUCAACAAUGA